GUUGUGGCACUUUGUUCAGCAGCUCUGUGCUGCCUGGUGAUAGUGAAUGUUCUCUCUUUUCAGGGCUGUGGUACAUGUAGAAGAGCGACUUGGCUAACGUUUUCUUAUUUUCAUGUGGGCCUCAUUUGUUCUCUCAGUCCGGAACAGGAAGGCCCCGGAGGGGUUGGGGUGUGUGUCUGAGCGUGUGUGAGUGUGAGAGACUGUUGGCAGGAUGAAACAAGAUACCCAUGUGUCAUAUUCCUAAAGAAACUCUGCUUAAACCAUGUUUGUCAUUUUUCAGUUAUGACGUAUUUAUUCUCCUAAAUUCCAGUUUAUUAAGCUGCCUGUGAUUGCUGCUUCUAAUGUCUGACAGAACAAAGGGAAUAACCUUGAUGGUUGUGAGCCAUAGUGUUGGCUGUAUUUAGAACUUUUCUUGGUAGAAUGGAGAGCUUUGAUCAUUGCUAAACCUCUGGGCAAACAUGAACCAUGGUGUUGCAAUGAGUAUAGGUUUAAUAGCUGAUGUGAUCGCAUCUAAUCUGCUGUUGUGUUGGGUUUGUCAUAUCACUGAACCCUUUAGGAUAUGCAUAUGAACCCUCCUAUGCUUAUCAGUGAACUGACAUUUGAUCAUCUUUGUGUGGAAUGUCUCUUUAAGGCUUGAGGAGUGGAUAUCAAGAGCUUUUUUUUUUUACUCUCGGAUGGAAACCAGAGUUGCAGUCAAAGCUAUGAACGGGUCAAGUGUGUGACCUGUCAGGGGUCCUUGGGAGGAUUUUCCCUUCGGGACUUGUGAAUAAAGGCUACAUCCUUGGAACGAGGCCCUCUGUUACUCUGACAAAGGAGGAGCCAAACACUCAAAGGUCUUCAUUUAUUGCCAGACACCCCUUUAUUCUUGUGCUUCUUACUCAGAGGAAAUGAGAUGGGAGCAGGAGCGAAGACCUGGGGAAUCCGGCUUUUCCAGUACUAGAUGUGUGUUGGAGAGGCUGUAUUAUUAGCAUUUAGAUAUGUGAUAUUAAUACUGACCUGUUUGUAAUCACAGCUGUACAAGAGGCCUUAUGCUGUGCAGAUGUUGGAGAUUACUUAGAGGUGGACAGUUGUGAAACAUGAGUUUCAUCAGCAGAGCUUCUUGAAUAUGCAUGUGAUGGAGAUUUUAGACAGAUCUCGGUUUGAAGCUUGUUAGAAAUAAUCUUCUACUUUUGGUCUGCAAGAAUGGGCCAAGUUCCUUUGGGUAUAACCUUGUUGUUACUGAAGGGGCUUGAGAAGAGGCAGAAACAUACUGUUAAUUACCAUGAGACAUUGUCCCUCAAUAGUAUGGACCAAUUCCCUCUUGCUGUCUCGUUACUAUAGGACUAUUCAGCAUUUGUCAUAAACAAAGCAUGGCACAAAGAUCAGCACCUAGCUGAACUACACGCUUGCAGCUGUGACUCCUGAAGGAUGGAGGUGUCGCGCAAUGUCAGUUAAAUGGUCCUGUGUGUUGUUGGGAAUAUCAUUUUGUGCUUAACGGAGAGGAGCGUUGCCAUGGUGAUUGUUAACCAUUGUCUGCCUUGUAGCAUAAAGAACAUAUUCAGACUCGUUUGUCACUGAUGCUAUGGAAAGGAUUUGAACUUCGUACUAUAAUGUCAGAAAUAUGCUGAAAUCAAAUGAAAACAGCAACAAUGGAAACCUGCAGUCCCCACUGACACAUCCUCUGGGACCUGACUGCCUUAGUCUGGCUGAGGAGGAGAUAAAGACCGAGUCUGAUGUGGUAGAGGGGAUGGAUGCAUCUUUACGAUCCAAAGUCCCUGAUCCUCCGGGGUCAGCGGAACGAUCAGCGGCACCACAGAAGAGAAAGGUGCCGAGUCCCACCCAUUCCUCCAAUGGACACUCUCCCUCAGACACCUCCCCCAGCCCUCUCAAGAAAAAGAAGAAGCCUGGGGCUGUCAACUGUAAUAACAAAGACCAGUCAGAGCUAAGACAUGGUCCCUUUUACUAUAUGAAGCAGCCAGCACUCACCACAGACCCUGUUGAUGUUGUACCGCAGGACGGCAGGAAUGACUUCUACUGCUGGCUGUGCCACCGCGAGGGCCAGGUGCUCUGCUGUGAGCUCUGCCCCAGGGUGUACCACGCCAAGUGCCUCAAACUACCAGCCGAGCCCGAGGGCGACUGGUUCUGUCCAGAGUGUGAGAAAAUAACAGUUGCUGAAUGCAUUGAAACCCAGAGCAAGGCAAUGACAAUGCUGACAAUAGACCAACUGUCAUACUUGCUCAAAUUUGCACUCCAAAAGAUUAAACAACCUGGGACAGAGCCUUUUCAGAAGCCAGUGUCUCUGGAACAGCACCCAGAUUAUGCAGAGUAUAUCUUUCACCCCAUGGACCUGUGUACUUUAGAGAAGAACAUCAAAAAGAAAAUGUAUGGCUGCACCGAAGCCUUUCUUGCGGAUAUGAAAUGGAUCUUACACAACUGCAUCAUUUAUAAUGGAGGUAAUCACAAACUAACAGCAACUGCGAAAGUCAUCGUUAAAAUCUGUGAACAUGAGAUGAAUGAGAUUGAGGUUUGUCCGGAGUGCUAUCUGUCUUCAUGCCAAAAAAGGGACAACUGGUUUUGUGAGCCAUGUAGUCAACCCCACCCCCUGGUCUGGGCUAAGCUCAAGGGUUUUCCUUUCUGGCCAGCAAAAGCACUUCGGGAAAAGGAUGGACAGGUAGACGCACGCUUCUUUGGGCAACACGAUAGGGCCUGGGUCCCCAUCAACAACUGUUACCUCAUGUCCAAAGAGAUCCCGUUCUCUGUGAAAAAAACAAAGAGCAUUUUCAACAGUGCCAUGCAAGAGAUGGAGGUCUAUGUGGAAAACAUUCGCAAGAAAUUUGGGGUCUUCAACUAUGCACCUUUCCGCACGCCCUACACACCUAACAAUCAGCUACAGAUGCUACUGGACCCCUCCAACCCCAGUGCUGGGACAGUGAAAACAGAGAAACCAGAUAAACUUCGUUUCAGCUUUGAUAUAACAGCAUCUCCUAAGAUGGUCCUGAGCAAGAGUUCCACAUCCAGUGGUAUGGGUCGGAGGGUUUCGAUGUCAGACAUGCCUCGGUCUCCCAUGAGCACCAACUCCUCUGUUCACACAGGAUCUGAUGGGGAGCAGGAUGUAGACAAGGCCGGCAGGAAUCCUGCCUUCCACUACAGCACUGGAGAGGAAUCAAUGGAUUGUACAGCAUCUCCUGUUUCAGGGAAGAUGGGUCCUGCAGGCAGUGUAUCCGGCAGCCCAAAGCCCUUUAACUCUGGACUGGUGCCCAAGCAGGAAAGGACUGCAGGCACAGGGGGCAUCCUCAAUCUCAACCUGGAUCGAGUGAAGGCUGAGAUGGAUCUGAAGGAGCUGAGUGAGACUGUGCAACAGCAACAGCAGCAUCAACAACAACAACAACAAGGAACAUCAGCUGCUGCCCCUACCCCAAAGAGACACAUCAGGAGCCUGGACAAGACUAUAGAAAGCUGCAAGGCACAGCUCGGGAUAGAUGAGAUUUCUGAAGAUGUAUAUAAAGGUGUGGAUCACAGUGACUCUGAGGACUCUGAGAAAUCGGACUCAAGUGACAGCGAGUAUCUCAGUGAUGAGGAACACAAGCCAAAGAGCUCCUCCCAGGAUGACAAGGACAAAGCAGAGAGAAAAAAGCCCAGAUCAAGCACAGAGGGAGAGAAUAAGGAGGGCGUUAAAGGGACAGGGACUAAAGCCACCCCUGAACCCCUGCUCAAAGAGAAGCAGGGUAGCAGUGGCCCAGAUAAGGACCUUCAGGACAAGCCCAGAACACCCCAGUGUCAACCACUCACUGACAGGCCCAAAGCCCCAGAGGAGGGCAAAGCAGCUCUGGUCUCAUCAGUGGCUGAGCAAGACUCUGAUUCUGAAAGAGAGCUGGUGAUUGACCUGGGGGAUGAACAUGGAGGCCGUGACUCAAAACGGGCACGAAGAGAUCCAGGCGCCUCCUCUGCCAAAACUGUCAAAGAAUCUAAUGUUGCCAAAUUGGAAGGUAAACCUUCUUCUACAUCAGCAGCAGCACCGUCACGGGAGGCUGUCUCCAACCUGAAAGACUCCUCGCAACCUGCCAUCACAGCAGCCCUCAACCUUGUUUCAGCUGCAGCUCUUCAGCCCAGCAUCAUCACAACAACAACAACAACAACAUCCAGUGGACCUACCAGUACUCCUUCUCCUGCCUCCACCUCAGUCUCCCCUUUAUCCCCAGCACCUGCAGCUGUAAAGAAACAGCGCCCUCUGCUGCCCAAAGAGACAGCUCAGGCCGUACAGCGAGCAGUGGUUUGGAAUCCCACCAAGUUUCAGGCGUCCUCUCAAAAGUGGCACAGGCAGCAGCAGCAGCAGCAGCAGCAUGGAGAGCAGUCAGCAGUGCAGAUGCAGGCCCAGGCUCAGGGGCAGACACGCAGUCCACAGCAGCUGCAGUUACAACAGCAGAACAAUUCCUCGAGUACCCGCUAUCAGACCAGACAAGCUGUCAAGGUACAACAAAAAGAUCUGCCUCAGAAUACAUCGUCGUCUACAGCUGCUGUUAGCUCAUCUUUCAUGUCAGGUGACUUACAGAUCCCCACAGUCUCAGCUGAUGUGGCUGCAGAUAUAGCCAAGUACACAAACAAAAUUAUGGAUACAAUAAAAGGGACAAUGACGGAAAUCUACAAUGACCUUUCCAAAAGCACAUCAGGAAACACAAUUGCAGAGAUUCGACGCUUAAGGAUAGAGAUCGAGAAACUCCAGUGGCUGCAUCAACAAGAGCUAUCAGAGAUGAAGCACAAUCUUGAACUGACAAUGGCAGAAAUGAGACAGAGUCUAGAGCAGGAAAGAGAACGGUUGGUGGCUGAGGUGAAAAAGCAGAUGGAGCUGGAAAAGCAGCAGGCGGUGGACGAGACCAAAAAGAAACAGUGGUGUGCCAACUGCAGGAAAGAGGCCAUCUUCUACUGCUGCUGGAAUACUAGCUACUGUGAUUACCCCUGCCAGCAGGCCCACUGGCCGGAGCACAUGAAGUCCUGCACGCAGUCAGCUUCAGCUUCGCAGCAGGAGCCAGAGGCAGAGCCCAACUCGGAUCCUUCUGUCAAAUCAUCAGGACACUCUCCUGCCACACAGAACCUGGCCUCGGGAGCAGGAUCCAUAUCAGACAAAAGCAACUCUCCCACAUAUUUGGACAAGAGCAAGGACAGUGCCGCCGUUACUGUGACUUAACUGCUACAUUACGGAAACUCUGGCAGAAUUUGCAAGGCCGUCGUGGGGCUUGGGCCGUCAAAUGUGCUGUCAAAAUUGGUUCUUGAAAGCCUGCACCUCUGUGACAAAUCACUUUGAUUUUUUUCAUUGUCAUGUACAUCUGCUUGGCACACAGUUUUAGUUUAUCCUUCAUUCCGACGCUCCACAAAUCUGUGUUCAGGUGGAUUUACCAUGUGAAAGUAGUCUGUCUUGAGAAAUAAAAUGCUUGUUUGUUCAUACUGUAGUUUUAUGUUAUAGCUUUGUUAUCACUUUAUUUCAAGCCAGAGCAAAUUGUCACCCCACAGAAUAUUUGCUACAUCAAUACUUUCACUGCUGCUCUUAAGUACUUCAUGGCAUUUUUUUUUUUAUUUUGCCGCUUGCUCUCCAUAGAACAAGAAAAAACAAACCGCCAUCAGUGACUGACACUCAUUUAUCAUGGCGCUAUCAGAGGUAUCUAUAGUUAUGCAAGUUUUAUUUUUAUUUUUUAAACAAUGUCCUCUACAUGUCAACUGAAGUAUUUUGAGUAAUGCAGGUUUAAACAUUGUUUUCAACCAUGUCCUCUUCAUGUCAGCAGUGGCAUUUCUGACUCCUGCAAGUUUUGUAUUGUAGUUCCACGUUGUAUAGACCUACAUAAAAAGAUCUGUGAUUCAAACUAACAAAAAAUUUAACUGUACAAAGUUUUUGUAAGAAAAUACCUGAACAAUAUUUAUAGUGUUAUAGGUUUUUAUAGUAUGUUUAAUGAUAUCACAUUUCUAUGUGUCUAAAAAAGUUAUUUGAAAAUAAAUUACUUCAAAUGAAUGUCAGCACUGAGCGAAGUCUCUCUUUAACUGGUUACCCAAAGCUGAUGUAAAUCCUGCUCAGACUGUGUCUAAAACUGGGUUGGCAUAAAUACAACCCGUGUUUUGGCUGGACAUUAUUUCCUGUGAGCAUGUCUGUUUUGACCUUGUGUCUUGUUAUUGUUUACAUAUUGUACAUACAAUAAAUGGACUUGUGAAGGAAAAAUAAAAUCAGUCUGAUCAACUUG